AUGGCACCUGCACGCGAUAGCGAAUUCCUGCCAGAAGUAUGGGGCCUGUAUUCUCUCGGCACCUUGUGGAUCAUGCUGAGGUUCGCGGUGCGACUUCGUACAGAUGGAAUCAGAGGACUACGACUAGACGAUGGCUUCGCCUUCCUUGCGCUGUUCGCGUGGACAUAUACCUGUGCCAUUAUUCAGAUCACAUACUACACAGGCACGAAUACAGACUUCACAGCAGCAGAGGUAGCACAGUUCGACCAGAAGAAGUAUGACGAGGUCGUGUAUGGCAGUAAACUAUUCCUGGGGUCCUGGUACGCCUACUUUGUCCUCAUCUUUUCGCUCAAAGCCCAUCGUCUUGAUCUUGUAUCAAGGCAUCUUCUUCCAAUCUUGGCAGAGAUGGGUGCUGCGCAUCACCAUCGCCCUUUGUGUGUUUGGAUCCUGUGGCUUGACGGUGGCUUUCAGCCUCAGGUGCUUACCCUAUCAUCGGAGGUGGCAGCUCGUGCCACUGCCUCCAUGGCGGACGUCUUCUUGCUUAGCGUCCCGAUCUCGCUACUCUGGAAUUUGAACAAGCCAUUGCGAACCCGUCUUGCUGUUCUCCUACUUCUAGCCUCCGGCGUGUUCGUCCUCGCAGCGUGUAUCAUUCGUGUGUCGCUUACCGUCGUGCCUAAUAUCUUCGUCCUCAACAUCGCUCGCUGGGGUGUACGAGAGUUCUGCAUCGCUAUCGUUGCUGUGAAUACUGCAAGUCUCCAGCCAAUGUUCCGCAAGUCAUUUUGGAUUAGCAGAAAGCCCGCACAACAAGUUCAGCAGAAGCGCAAUAACUACAUGUUCGCAUCUGCACAACGAGCCCGCCAGCGCCUCAGCAGAGUGCGGAACGGCAACCAAGUCCUCAAUUCCACCUCAGCUGGUCCAUCAACAAUCGACAUCUAUAUUCAGCUGGAGCUUAGUGACGCGGGGUUCGUUUUCGAGGAUCCGGACUACCAGAUGACCUCCAACCUGCCGCCCCAUGCCGCUCCACGAAUCACAUCGGGUGACAUGGAUCUGGAGAAAGGCGGUGCGUUCACGACUGAGAUUAUGAGGCAGGAUAGUAGCUUUCCGAGAGUAGCUGAUGAGAGUGACGAAGGAGAUGCUGGUCGAAGCGGGAGUCGGCCUUCGCAGAGCAAUCGAUAG